UUACAAAGUCAACUAUCCUUUUCAACCUCGUAGUAGUUGCAGUUGCAGUUCUUCAAAAUGAUUAUAUCCUCUGCCUUUUCCUCUUACAUAAUUCCAACCCAGAAGCCACGUCUCAAACGAACCACUCCUUUUAGACCUUCAAGCAACCCAGUUUAAAUUUCGUGUAAACUGUGUUUGACACCUAUCAUAUAAAACAGUUUUUUUAAAGAGGAAGAAAACAACAUGAUGAAUGGUUCUCCAAAUUCAAAACAGAGAACAUGUGACUAUUGCGGGAGCUUCACGGCUCUUCUGUACUGCAGAGCCGAUUCUGCGAAGCUUUGUUUCUUCUGUGACCGUAAAGUUCACUUCCCAAACCAGCUUUUCUCGAAGCACAAGCGCGCGCAGCUCUGUGAUGCGUGUGGAGAUUCCCCUGCCUCGGUGCUCUGUUCUGCAGAAAACUCUGUUCUGUGCCAAAACUGUGAUUGCGGAAAGCAAAAACAUUUGGCGUCUGAGGCGCACCAACGGAGGCCACUCGAGGGGUUCUCGGGGUGCCCUUCUGUGACUGAGUUGUUAACAAUUCUGGGUCUCAGUGAAAAAUCUCUGCUUUCAAAUGAGGGAACUUCCCAGAUUGAUGAUGACCUUUCGGAUUUGCACGUGUGGAGUGCUCCUUCUAUUAAUGGUCUUGAAGAUUUGAUCACUACCACAGCUUCUUCUCAAAAGAAACGUAAGGGUGCGUGCGGGAGACACAAAGAAGAGAUUCUUAGUCAACUCCGUGAGCUAAUAAAGUUGGAGCCCGACUUGAUUCAUGCUGAACGACAAGGGCAAUUUGGAAAUUUGCCUACUGAUUUUGAACGAGACGUGGAGGCUAAUAUAUUUCCUUCAUAUGAGGUAGGUGUGUUUUGUUGGCAUGGAGAAAGCAGUGAUCCUAGAAAUCAAAUUGUUCCUUCCGAUACGUCACCAUUGAGAGAUUAUGGCGAUAUAGUUUCAGCUGAAGAUGGAAGUUUUACGAUCACUGUGACUCACGCCAAUUUUAACAACCAAGGGAAACCAUCAAAUUCUUUUAACGCUGAAAACUUAUCUCCUACUCCUAAAGCUACUCCAUACGAGUUGACAAGUCAUGAAAGAGAUUCAGCAUUAUUGCGAUACAGAGAGAAGAAAAAAUCCAGAAGAUAUGACAAGCACAUCAGAUAUGAAUCACGAAAAGUUCGGGCAGAAAACAGGAUGAGAAUUAAGGGUAGGUUUGUCAGAGAUGAAACACAAAAAUAAGAUUACUAAUUACACCACACCUAUAAUUCUCAGCUUUUGUCACAAUGUAUGCAACAUGUCUCCUACAGCCACAGGUGUUAGGCAUUAGCCAUUGCAACAUUUUGUUUAAAAAAAAAUCAUGUUUUUCGAAUUUCUAGUUUAUAUAGAUAUAAAUUGUAAUUUUGGCCCUUCUGUUCUUGAUUAAAUGGAAUGAGUGGCAGGCAAUUUCGAUUACAGUUACAGA